CAUACCAGAACACUGUCAACAAGGCCUGUUGGCAAAUCGUACCGCGUAAUCGACACUCCGACACUGUUCCUAUCCGGGGGAAAGGGAAAUAACGGCGCUUGCCUAGUCUGCCUGCAUUGUGAGAUAAAUACUAUGGUUCAAAUCACUUCAACCCUGUCCUUCCUUCUCGCUUGCUCUACGCUCUCUGUAGCAGCACCUAUCGUCGCCCGCACGGCAGCACCAAAGAGACUUCUAAAUUGGAACACAUGGACUCCACCAGCUUUAGAGAAGACUCAAUACUUCCAACCUACUAUUCGCACUAUGGCAGAAACCACUGGUCAAAACUUUCAAUUCGCCCAAAACUUCGCACAAGCCAACCCAGGCGCUAUCGUUCACACUUUCAAUGAACCUGAACUCAAUGGCAUAAGCCCUCAAGCCGCUGCCGAUGCGUGGAACACCAUCCUUGCCCCCAUGAGGGCUUCCACUGGCUGCAAACUUGUCUCUCCCGGUAUCACCAACACACAGGCCAGUGUUGACUGGCUCAACGAGUUCUUUGGCAAGAUCACCAGCCAGCCCGACUUCCUUGGCCUUCAUUUCUACGACAAGGUUCCCGACAAUCUCCAAAGCUGGCUUGAAGCGCGCCACGGCGAGCACCCGUUCCCCAUCAUUCUCUCAGAGAUUGCUUCAACCAGCACCGACCAGGGCACCGUUGACUCCAUGACCAAGACUUGGGCCAACUACAUGGACGGCGCCGAUAUCGUCCACCAGUAUGCUUUCUUUGGUGCCAUGCCUGUCCUGCCCAACGACGGUGGCUUCAUCCCUACCACCACACUACUCAUGAACAGCAGUGGUGACUGGAAGCCGUUGUUGAAGGAGCUCGUCAGCAGCUCCCCUAUGCAAUAAGCCUGAAGCUCAUCUAUGAGGCAGUGACCUCAACACCCUCGUUUCUUAACAGUACUAGUUACUUCAUUUCAUGUUUAUACUUUAUGUAACAGGUUGGGAAUACCCCUGGGAUUCGUUGACGUUACGACGCUGCGUACUGUGUACUGCGACUCUUUACUUUCAUGCAUCAAUCACGAGCAAUACAGUCUGCACGGACGAUUUAGCCAUG